UCAGGAUGUCUGACUCUUUGUAUACAAGCAUGUCUAUAUUUGUCUGUCUGGGGGUCCAAGAGGCUAUGUUGGGUUUUCUGUGCCUGUGUUUUCCUGUCUGAGGACCCAAGUCAUGUCUCUGCUCCUUUUUUCUCUCUUUCAUUCAUUCCUGGACCCCACCCAUCCCCGUAUCUUCCUUUUUCUCCUUACCUACCCCUCACUCACCAAGUGGAUCCGGGACCCAGGGAGGGCCGCCCCCCGGGCCUGGUGGCGCUGAGCAGGGCCCCCCAGCCCCCACCUCCUGCCCCACGACAUGAACCUCCUCUACCGAAAAACCAAGCUGGAGUGGAGACAGCACAAGGAAGAAGAAGCCAAGAGGAGCUCCAGUAAGGACGUGGUCCCUGCAGGCCCAGCAGGGCCCGGGGCUGGCCCAGGGCCUGGGGUCCGAGUUCGAGACAUCGCCUCGCUGCGCCGCUCCCUCAGGAUGGGCUUUAUGACGAUGCCCGCCUCCCAGGAGCACACCCCCCACCCCUGCCGCAGCGCCAUGGCUCCACGCUCCCUCUCCUGCCACUCGGUGGGCAGCAUGGACAGUGUGGGGGGUGGGCCUGGUGGGAGUGGUGGGGGUCUCACAGAGGACAGCAGCACCCGAAGACCCCCAGCCAAGCCCCGGAGACAUCCCAGCACCAAGCUCAGCAUAGCAGGAUCAGGGGCAGAGACACCCCCCAGCAAAAAAGCAGGCUCACAGAAGCCAACCCCAGAGGGCCGAGAGUCCAGCCGGAAAGUUCCUCCACAGAAGCCCAGGCGAAGUCCCAACACCCAGCUCUCAGUCUCCUUUGAUGAGUCCUACCCCUCAGCCCCCUCUCCUCGAGGGGGGAACCUGCCCCUACAGCGCCUGAGUAGGGGGUCCCGAGUAGCUGGGGACCCUGAUGCUGGUGCCCAAGAAGAAGAGCCUGUGUACAUUGAGAUGGUGGGAGAUGUAUUCAAGGGAGGAGGACGAAGUGGAGGGGGCUUGACAGGACCCCCUCUUGGGGGUGGGGGCCCAACCCCUACAGCUGGUGCCGACUCGGACUCUGAAGACAGUGAGGCCAUAUAUGAGGAGAUGAAGUACCCGCUACCUGAAGAGGCAGGAGAAGGCCGGGCCAACGGGGCCCCUUCAUUGAUGGCAACCUCCCCUCCACACCAGCCUCACGCUUUGCAGACCCAUGCCCACCGCCGUCCAGCUUCAGCCCUCCCAAGCCGGAGGGAUGGGACGCCUACCAAGACCAUUCCUUGUGAAAUCCCCCCACCUUUCCCCAACCUCCUUCAGCACCGGCCUCCACUCCUGGCCUUCCCCCAAGCCAAGUCUGCUUCCCGAACCCCUGGCGAUGGGGUCUCGAGGUUACCGGUCCUCUGCCACUCAAAGGAGCCAUCAGGUUCCACCCCAGCUCCCCAAGUGCCUGCACGAGAGCGGGAGACGCCUCCCCCACCGCCUCCGCCUCCUGCUGCCAACCUGCUGCUGCUGGGACCAUCCGGCCGAGCCCGGAGCCACUCAACACCAUUGCCACCCCAGGGCUCUGGCCAGCCUCGGGGAGAGCGGGAGCUCCCUAACUCCCACAGCAUGAUCUGCCCCAAGGUGGUGGGGGCGCCGGCAGCCCCCCCUGUCCCAGCUGCCUUGCUCCCUGGGCCCCCAAAGGACAAGGCCGUGUCUUACACCAUGGUGUACUCGGCAGUCAAGGUGACCACGCACUCCGUCCUGCCAACUGGUCCACCCCUGGGUGUUGGGGAGCCAAAGACGGAAAAGGAGAUCUCAGUUCUCCAUGGGAUGCUGUGCACCAGCUCGACCAGGCCCCCUGUGCCAGGGAAGUCCAGCCCCCACAGCGGGGCCAUGGGCACAACAGCUGGAGUCCUCCACCACCGCGGCUGCCUGGCUUCCCCCCACAGCCUUCCGGACCCAACUGCAGGCCCCCUGACCCCUCUCUGGACCUACCCAGCUGCAGCAGCUGGGAUCAAGAGACCCCCUGCCUAUGAGAGUCUCAAGGUUGGGGGGGUGCUGAAUAAGGGCUGUGGAGUAGGGGCUUCAUCCCCUAUGGUCAAGAUCCAGCUGCAGGAGCAAGGGACUGAUGGGGGUGCCUUUGCCAGCAUCUCCUGCGCCCAUGUCAUCACCAGUGCAGGGACACCAGAGGAGGAAGAAAAGGAGAUGGGUGCCACAUUUGGGGCAGGCUGGGCUCUGCAGAGGAAGGUCCUAUAUGGAGGGAGGAAGGCAAAGGAGCUGGACACAGAGGUCGAGGAUGGUGCCCGAGCCUGGAAUGGCAGUGCUGAGGGUCCAGGCAAGGCGGAGUGUGAGGACAGGGGCCCUAUGGCAUCAGGGAUCCCUGUGAGGAGCCAGGGGGCAGAGGGCCUGCUGGCCAGGAUCCACCACAAUAGAGGAGGGAGUCGCACGGCGCUGCCUGUACCCUGCCAGACCUUCCCUGCCUGCCACCGCAAUGGAGACUUCACAGGAGGCUACCGCCUGGGGCGUUCUGCCUCCACCUCCGGAGUCCGGCAGGCCGCGCUCCAUACCCCCCGGCCCUGCAGCCAGCCCAGGGAUGUCCUGAGCCAGAUCCACCCCGCACUGCCGCUGCCGCUGCCGCUGGCCCUGCCCCCGCCGCCGGCCCGCGAGCGCGACGGCAAGCUCCUGGAGGUGAUCGAACGCAAGCGCUGCGUGUGCAAAGAGAUCAAGGCACGCCACCGCCCCGACCGCGGCCUCUGCAAGCAGGAGAGCAUGCCCAUCCUUCCCAGCUGGCGGCGGGGACCCGAGCCCCGCAAGUCCGGCACCCCGCCCUGCCGCCGGCAGCACACCGUCCUUUGGGACACUGCCAUCUGAGGAGGGCGGGGCGGCCGGGACACCUGGACUGGGAGGGGAAGGGGCCUACCCGGCUCUCCGUAAGACUUGCCUUGAGAGACAGAGGACGGGGAGA